GAUUGUGAUGUAGACGACAAUGCAUAUGCUGCCACAGGUCACAUAGUAUAACAGUUUAGUUUAUAGAUACAAUUUUCUUAUUUCGUUUGGAGCUGCUUCAUUUCGACCAUACAAGUCAUUUCCAAUGUUGUCUGAUUGAAAAUGCUCUUCAAUGGCAACAACUUGAGAGGUUAAGUCGGCAAUGCAUGCUGACUGACGCCCUCAUCCAUUACUGACUUAACCGUCCCAUGCUAUGCAUGACUGCUUGGGCUGCAACAAAAUGGCUUCCACCGACUAUAACUGGACGUGCAUGGGAGUUUGAGUGUGUGUGAUUUUUAUGCCCUCCUUCUUCCCUUCCCUGCCUCCGUGCAUGGCCGACACAGACAAAGGGGUGGUGCUGGGCUCUGACACACCCUCCUCAGAAGGGGUGGCCACCUCCCUUCGCUUCACCAGGCUUUCUCAACCCGGUUCAUCUUCUUCCGCAAACUACGGGAGCGACCCACCUGACGGAAAGCAAGAUGAUUCACCGACUGUGACGUCCCCCGUGUCUGAGAGGAUUAAGGCACUGGAGGCCCUGGCAGCAAAGAAGGAGCCCAAGAACGACGGCGGCUUCCCUCACUUCAAAGAGCGUCACUAUGAGACGUCUCCUACUGAGGUGCCAACAGAGAGCACCUCACCCUUCCAGAAAAAAGGAGCCUCCAUUGAUCAGGAAUCGCCAGAAUCCCCCUUUGAGGUCAUGGGAGAAGCACGACAAGGGAGUGAGUUUGAAGAUACUGCAGACUGGAUGAGAGCUCACUUACCCCCUGUGCCCGACUUUGAAGAUGCUCUUGUAUCAGAGGAGGAUGGCAAAUCCCAAGAGAUAAAAGUGGCAGAUAAAGUGGUGCCUCAUGACCCAGAGGCGUUAGCCUGUGUCCCUGACGCUUUCAUGGACUCUCCCAUUGAAAGGCCUGAGCUGAAAAAUGUCUUCAAAGCCCCAGCGCAGCAGCCUGGCGUCGAGGACGAAUUUGAUCUGAGCUUCCUACCUAAAGCUUACAUAACAGACAAACAAGGCCCUCCUGACCUUCAAUCCGAGCUCACUGCUUCGCCUGCCCCUCCUGCUGGUUUUGACACUCCCUCCUCUGACUCGAAAGAGAAGGAUUUGAAGACCAAGCAGGCCCCAUGGGGUGGUGACCUGGCGCUCCAAGGGGUAGUCGACAGCUCAGGAGACUCUGAGGACACCGUCAUCGAGGACACCGCCUCCAUUCCUGGCCUCUCUUUGUCAAGUGAUGGUACACCUGCCCAUAACCCCUCUGUUCCAUCUCUCCCUACUGAAGAACAGGAAACCCCGCCAGCAAAGCAGCCAAUGCGGGUCCCUACCAUCAAUGUUAUUGAGACGGACGAGCCGAAUUACAGCGAUGAGGAGAUGGAGAUUGAAAUGGAGGACGAAAAUUAUGAAGUUGUAGAAGACCCUGUGAAAGAGGCACCAAAAAUACCUGAGCCACAACCAGAUGUGUCUAAAAAGGAAUUUUCCCAAAUUCCUCCCUUAGAAUACGAGGGUUAUUCUCCUCCCUCCUCUCCUGUCGACUCUGAUGAAUACUCACCUAAACACAAAAUCCUGAAAUCUGAUUUGGAUACAGAAUAUAUGAAGACCACAGUACCUAAUGAUGAGUCAACGGGCUCAAGUGCUGAGGUUUCACAAGCACAGAAAGUGGAGUCUGACCACUCACAGACCCCCAAUGAGUCUAAUGGAAAGUCUUCCCCUUCUACUGCCAAACCUCCUGGGAAAACCGCAGACAACCUUUCAGACUUUCCAGAAUAUGACGAUGAUGAUGAUGACUGGUCAACUGGCGCGCAAGAUAUCUUAAUUAAAUUGAGCUCUGCUAAUGUUGCAGCUCAGGAUCUUCCACUUCGCCCCUCAUCCAAGUUUGAAGAGAAGCCAGAGUCUGAUAUUAAAGAGGAUUAUAUGCAGACAGUUGAGCUUUCAAAAUCCAACUGCAUGGAGGAUGACGCAAUCCGUAAAUACGACAGACAGUCUUUUGAAGAUGAAGACUCACUUCCAUCCAUGAAGGACACCAUUGAUGAUCAAGAGCUGAACUUUAACACUGUACCUGAGCCUUCUCCUUCCAAUCCAACCUCACAGAUCCAUAUUGGAACACUACUCCGUCAAAACAAUGCAACCACUGUGGAGCAGGAUAUCCCCUCGAUGGCUGACGUGGAUUCCUUCCCCAAGCCAGUUGGAGGCCAGCCAUCUCCCAGGGAGUUUCCCAAAGAUCCAUUCGCCUCUUUCCAGCGCGAACUGCCUGGCAGCACCCUGGAGCUCAAGACUGAGAAGAAAUUGAAUGAUGAAAUCCUCAUUACAGAUAGUGUUGUCAACAGCAAGACACUUCCGCCUCAGGAAGCUGAAGCAGGACACCAGUCACCAGACAAUACCAGUGACCCAGAAAGCAUUGAGCCGGACUGCUCAGUCUCUGGUGCUACGGACAGCUUCGUCGAGUUCAUGAGGGAGUGCCUGAAGUCACGACAGGACGAAGAUCCAGAAGACCUCUGUCAAGAUCUCACAGCCAAGGAUGAGUGUCCUAAAACAGGCGCCCCUCCCUCCCAGCCCACACCAACCAUGGUCAUGGAUCUGGAGCAGGAACGCCUCACUAUCAAUGCCCUCAAAGAGUUGGGCAGCAGCCAAGAGGAGGAGGCUGACCUCCAGUCUAGUAUCAAGGCUUCUGAGAAAUCCCAGUCUUCCUUUAUAUCAACAACCUCCGACCCUCCUUCUCCCCAAAACAAACCUGCUUCCGACGGUGUUUAUUCCAAAGAGGGAGAGGUCGACGUGUGGGUGGCUGAGGCCUACCACCUUGCAGAGCAUGUCUUGGCAGCAAUACUAACGCACUUGUCAGUCAAGGACUUGGUGCACUGGCGAGACCCCAAGAAGUCUGGCGUGGUGUUCGGCCUGUCCCUGCUGACGCUCCUGUCCCUGGCGGCGUUCAGCGUCAUCAGCGUUGUCUCCUACCUGCUCCUCGCCCUGCUCUGUGUCACCAUCUCCUUCCGCAUCUACAAGGCUGUCGUCCAGGCCGUGCAGAAGUCCGACGACGGACACCCCUUCAAAGCUCUGAUGGAGAAGGAUGUCAGCGUUCCCCCUGAGACCUUCCGGAAGCACGUGGACGCCAGUCUGACCCACAUCAACCGACUCUUAAAACAGCUGCGCAAACUCUUCCUAGUCGAGGACCUCAUCGACUCCCUGAAGCUGGCUGUUGUGAUGUGGCUGCUGACCUACGUAGGAGCCGUUUUCAACGGCAUCACCAUCCUCAUCCUGGCUGACAUCCUCCUCUUUGCUGUACCCCCCUUCUAUGAGAAGAACAAGACCCAGAUUGAUCACUACAUGGAAAUCGCACGUACUCAAGUCAACACCACAAUGGCCAAGCUGCAAGAGAAACUCCCUGGAGCCAUCAAGCGUACGAAAGCUGAAUAAUUGACCCUCAUACAUCUUAAUCACCAUCCUCAUCACAUUUAUCCCAUCUUAAACCCCUUUCCCUCCCCCUCACCCUUCUCUUUCCCUACUGUCUCCCUCCCACCUACCAUCUGCACUGAACCAGCUAGGUAGAAAAAACAUCUAAAAUGCUACUCAAUAUUCAAUGUAAACCGCUCAGCUUAACUACAAGAAUUUAGAAAAAGAAUGGUGCCUACUGCGCCGGCAGGAAACGCGUCUCUAACGGGAGGAAGUGAUGUAACGCUUCGGCAUAACACCUGUCUUUGAUGCAGGGGUCAAGUGAACUAGACUGAAUCAAUGAGCUGGUAUUGUAGUGUAAAGUUGGGAGGGUGUAGGGAGUGUCAUUGACAAGUUAGGACCAGUGUUUGUUUUGCAAAAAAGCAGAUGUCUGUACUUUUUAACUGCCUUUCACUGAACAUAAGUUAAAAAAAUUAAAUAAAGUUUUAAAAAGAGCUAACUGAUAAAUAAACUUUUGGGUGUAAUUUGUGGCUAGUCUUUUUCCUUCUCUCUGUGUGGCAGUUUGUAUGGAUAAACAAAAAAAAAAAAAGUUGUUUUGAACCUGGUACUGGGAUUUCACUGUUACUGAUUGGCCUGUUAUGGAGUUGUUUUCUUCACCUUAAAGGCUUGUAUAUAUAACGUUUCUGCAAUGCACUGAACUUCAGAUCCCAUGAGCAGGUUGAAAUAAAAGGAUUGGAACACUGAACCAGCUGUGAUACUUUUGGUGUAGUUCGCGCCAUUUUGAUUUGUAGUCACAUUUUACCAAAUGCAUUCAACAGGCUCUGUCUUUCUCUGCUGUGUGAAACAGUUUGCCGCUGCUUUUUAGAAAAGGGGAACUCCCUCUUACAGUAGUCAUAACUCGUUUUUUUUUUAAAGCUACUGUUCAAGUCAUCAAUGUCAAAGUCUCACGUUCACCGGUUUUAUUAUAAUUGUUAGUGAUAUGAUUAUUACUUAGGAUUGCUGCUGUAGACUCUCUUUUCUAGCUCUGUAAAAUGCUCCAUAGUAUCUUCAUGGAGCUUCAUAACAGCUUGACUUCUCCAGUGAGACCUCUUGGGAAAACGGUUGGAUAUGGGUUCAAAGACUUAGCUUUUUGGAAGGUAGUUAGCAGUAUAACUGAAACGAUGGGUUCAGGAAGAGGUCUGGUGGGUGUUGUAGUCACAGGAGGUUGGUGACAUCUUAAUUGGGAGGACGGGCUUGUGGUAAUGACUGGAGCGGAGUCAGUGGAAUGGAUUCAAAUACAUCAAGCACAUGGUUUUCAGGUGUUUGAGGCCAUUCCAUUUGUGCCGUGCCAUUUUCCUCUCAGCAGCCUCAAAUGCAAUGUAUUUGUUUUUUAUUUGAAUGCCAUGAUGUGAAUGUCAUUGCAUAAGCUGGAAACACAUUUUCACACUUCAUAUAUAGGCUGUAUCAUAUAAUUUGUUUUGUUCAGAUAAUUAUUUGUGAUUGCUUAAAUAGUUUUGAUUUCAAUAAAAACUGUGGUCUACUAUUUUAAGGCUACUGCUACGUUUCUGUGAUGGCAAAGUGUCUUCGAAGGGAAUUUUAAAAGCAAUUUGUAGAUGGGGAAAAAUAUAAUGGCCGGUUCUAGCUCCUACUGUGAUUGUUAAUAAUCAUAGACAUUGUGCCCAAACUAAGUUUGCGUGUCAUUUUCAGAGCAAUCCCUCUACAUUUCGCACUAAAGCUAAACGACUACUGUUGUAACAACUUGAGCAUUCUCUCUACAAUGAGCGUUCUCACAUUGCCUCUCAUCACUACUCAAAUGUCUUAACUGCCGAACGUUACCCUGCAACAUUGAUGGAACACAUCUCUUCAUGCAUGCAAACCAGUGUUUCAUAUUGGGCCCCAAUGUUGUCAGUAGUCACACUGCCUCACAUAGUUGGAGCAGCAAAGCUUCUUGGUUUCCUUGUGCAUGUGUGUAUAUCCAACUCCGUGACAGUUAAUCCCAAGUCACUGGACACACUACUUUCUUCAAUAGAGUAAAGUCUUACUCAACCCUCCACUCAUUACCUCACACUAUUGGACUUUUGUUCUAGAUGGGGUUUUUUUUUUCACUCACACAUUCACCCACAGUUGAACGUAUCCAAUGUCUGUAAACCACUGUCCUUGUGAUGCUGGACGAAAGGAACCUUCAGUAGCCCUGAUGAGGACCUCACGAUGAAUAGGUGUUCCAGACAGUCAGGAUUUUCAUGGGGCGCUUUGUCAUGGAAGGAAGGCAAUGCUCCCUAUGUUUUCAAUAGAUUAUAAUGCAGACCUCCUUUUAGUCUUGAUUGAUUUAGUGCAAAAUAUGAUAAAUCUACAUGAACAUUUGAAAAAGUUUCCUUGACACAUUGCCUUUCUAUCUUAUAAAAAAAUCUAAUUCUUGCAGGAGUGGGUUUUUUCAGGGGCGAUUUUGAAGGACUUCCUUCUCUUUGGUAGUCUUAGUUUUGCUUUUGACUGUAUUGGUAACCGACAUCUCAGAUCUGAUAGCUGUCAAUGACAAGUUCACAUUCUGGAGCUUGAAAACAUUGUGAUCCCUGUACUGAUGUCAAAGUGAAAAUAAUAAAAAAUGUCAAGGACAAGAUUUGG